AUGUUCAGAAUCGCCCGCAGCAGACCCGUUGCGACGGCCCUUCGGGCUGCGACGGAAUCCUCCGUCCAGACUCGUCUCGGUCAGCAGCAGAGAAACCUGUCCAUCCACGAGUACCUUUCCGCCAACCUCCUCAAGUCGUAUGGCAUUGGUAUGCCCAAGGGUGAGGUCGCUCGCUCCGCUGAGGAAGCUGAGGCCGUCGCCAAGUCUCUCGGUAACGACGACAUGGUCAUCAAGGCUCAGGUGCUUGCUGGUGGCCGUGGUAAGGGUUCCUUCGACAACGGCCUCAAGGGUGGUGUGCGCGUCAUCUACUCCCCUACUGAGGCCAAGAUGUUCGCCGGCCAGAUGAUCGGCCACAAGCUCAUCACCAAGCAAACCGGUGCCGCUGGCCGUCUUUGCAACUCUGUGUACAUUUGCGAGCGCAAGUUCGCUCGCCGUGAAUUCUACCUCGCUGUCCUGAUGGACCGUGCCUCCCAGAGCCCCGUUAUCGUCGCUUCCUCCCAGGGUGGUAUGGACAUUGAGGCUGUCGCCAAGGAGAACCCCGAGGCCAUCAUCACCACUCCCAUCGACAUCAAGACCGGUGUGACCGACGAGAUCGCCCUGAAGAUCGCCACCGAGCUCGGUUUCUCUGAGCAGUGCAUCCCCGAGGCCAAGGACACCAUCCAGAAGCUGUACAAGGUCUUCAUGGAGAAGGAUGCCACCCAGAUUGAGAUCAACCCUCUCUCUGAGACCUCUGACCACAAGGUCAUGGCCAUGGAUGCCAAGCUUGGCUUCGAUGACAACGCCGAGUUCCGUCAGAAGGAGGUGUUCUCCUGGAGAGACACCACCCAGGAAGAUGCCGAUGAGGUCAAGGCUGCCGAGCACGGCCUGAACUUCAUCAAGCUUGACGGUGAUAUCGGAUGCUUGGUCAACGGUGCUGGUCUUGCCAUGGCCACUAUGGAUAUCAUCAAGCUCAACGGUGGUUCUCCCGCCAACUUCCUUGACGUCGGUGGUGGUGCUACCCCUGCUGCCAUCAAGUCUGCUUUCGAGCUCAUCACCAGCGACCCCAAGGUGACCGCUAUCUUCGUCAACAUCUUCGGUGGUAUCGUCCGCUGUGACGCCAUCGCCCAGGGUCUGAUCAACGUUGUGAACGAGAUGGGUCUGCGCAUCCCCAUUGUUGCCCGUCUGCAGGGUACCAACAUGGAGCAGGCUCAGAAGCUGCUCAACGAGUCUGGUCUCAAGAUCUUCUCUAUUGAGGACCUCCAGAGCGCUGCCGAGAAGUCUGUGCAGUUCUCGAAGGUGGUCAAGAUGGCCCGCGACAUCGACGUGGGUGUGGAAUUCACUCUCGGUAUCUAA